GCCUGGGUGAUGCGGCAACGACGGCAGCGAAGAUCCCGACCUCCUACGGCCGGCGGCGAUGAUGCAGAUGCGGGCGCACAUGGGGAGCUCAAACUAUGCCGGCGGCCGCAAGAUCUGGUCGCCAACACGUCCCCGACCACGACGGGGAGCAUGAGCAGCUCGUCGGCCCAUGGUAGGAGCACGGGAUGGGGAGGGCAUCUUCUCGUCUCCCUCGUCUCCCCUUUCUGGACGGCUCGUGGGGAGCAUGUAGGAGGCUUACGAAAAUGGAGACGAGCGGGUGGAUCUUCAAGAGUGUUGGCAUCUUCCUCUAAUUCUUGUUUGGCAUGUUAUGGAAGAAGAAGAAGAAGAAGUUGUACAUAUGUGUUCACUGUAUUGAAAUUAUGUACAAGGUAUUUCGCACUUGUAUUCAACCCACUCAGAAAAUUAGCGACAUGGAAAAUCGUGCAUUCAAGCCUCUAUUCGAGAGAUGGUCGAUGUGGUGUGGUGGGCAGCGUAAAGGAAUUUGUCGAGGUUGCCAAUAUGAUUGAGGUAGCGGAUGCAACUCGGCAGAACAAGAAUGUGUGUUAGCAGAUUAGAGAUCGCGCAGAUUGUCGUUGUGCCACGCUGUCAAAGCUUGUUCAUGGUGGUGAAGAGAAGGAACCCACAGAUUGAUUUAGCAUGCCAUGUGAUUGUGAGAGCAGAGUGCUUGUGUUCGUAUUGGAGAGGGAAAUUAUUUAUUUCCCAUUCGGCCAUAUCCAAUCCCCCCUGGCGAACCGCCGUUUGCGGAGUGUUCUCUGCGCAUCUUCUCUAGCGAGGGAAACAAGCUACUGCGGCUUCAGUUACUCAUGUAGCAUGGUAAUUCCAUUUCCUCCAUGUCCUUUUUCUGUUCAUUUUCUAUUGCAGCUCCUUUCGAGAAUGCUCCCAGCUAGAAUGUAUAGUCUCUGUCAGUGUAAACUGUAUGUCAGUUGAUUAUGUCAGUGUAAACUGUAUUUCUAUUUAAAUUAUCUUUAUGAUUGAUAUAUAGUUAUUUAUCAUAUGAUUUUGAUAUUUCUUCAAAAUAAACUAGCACCUGGGUUGGGUGGGAACGUCUCCCGAGCUGCCAAGCUAGGGCUAUUUAUCUACUAUCUUUGUAUUGCUGACAUCCAAUACAUUGAGCCACAUAAAUCUUAUUUUUCCGUCCUGGUAGUUAUCAUCAUGUUUUUUCCUGUUUAGGUGCUCUAGAGAUGCAACGUUUUCAAAUGCCACCUCAUCUUUUUGUUCAUUUAUGUUGUUUGUCAUAGUUUUACACUAAGGGAUAACAUACUAUAUAAUGAUUUUCAUAGUUUUAAACUAAAAAGGAAGUGUUUUAUUGUAGGUCUUUGGCCAUGGAGUUUAAGUUACUGGCUGGUACAAAAUUUCAGAUUCUAGGCACUAGAGGAACUAAAUUUGAGGUUUAAUUCUAUGAAUUAGUUGGUUUUCAGUGUUUUUUAUUUUAUCAUAUAAUUAUUGAAACAUGAAGUGGCAUUGACACAUUUUUUUUACCAUAAGUAUCACUUCUCUGAGUUACUAAUAUUUUUUCCAAGAUCGGAUUAUUUCCUGGUCAUUUACCUAUUUAGUAUGUAACUCUACUAGCAGGAGCGCCUUCACUGGGUAUAUUGGGGAUCCUAAUGCGCUGAUGGUGCUGCUGAUAUGACCAAAUGAAGUGCUAAAAGCUUGUAUGGACAUUCUUAAUUUUGAACAGGUUUUAUGCUAUUCAUCAAGCCAUACCAAGUUGAUUAUCUUUGUAUGCUCCUUCUAUCUUUAUUUAUGUCACGGUUGUGUGAUAAUCUAGAUAGUUGUAUUUUCCCUUCAAAUAGUGUUAGAUGAUUGAGUAAUUAAGGGUGGAAGUUACUGUUGUUUUGCACAUUUCCUUGUGUUGUCAUCUGCCUAGCUGCUGGUUCUUUGACUUUUGCUUUUUUUCUUAGACCAAUUGAGGUAUAUCUGUAUUAUGUAGUCGUAGUUUCAGUUUCUUGAUUUAUAUUCUAUGGUCUGUUCAGAUUAUGACAUGUACAAAUGUACAUUAAGGUCCGCUAAUUUGUUUGUUGGCAGACUUAUUCAUACUUACUCUAUUAUAGUUUCCUAAUUCAUCCAUAUUUCAGGAAUUUGGUAAGUAAACAAAAUAUUAAUGAAAUAGGAAAAUACAUAUG